AUUAGGAUGUUCUAAGGCUAGAAAGAGAGUUAAUGCAACAGAAAAGCAAAAAUAAGAUACUUCAAGGAGAACUAGAAAAUCCUCUAAAUGUACACAGAUGGCGUAUGUUGGAGGGGAAGGAUCCUGAAACUCUAGAACUCAUUCAGAAGAUAAAUACUUUACAGAAACGAUUAAUCUUGAAACAGGAGGAAAUUAUUGAGAAAGAUUUAAAACUGGAGGAAGUUGAGAAGUUGUAUAGAGAGUGUAAGUUACAGCUGUCUAGACAGCCAAGCUAUGAUGUUCAUGAUGAGAUUAGAAAUCUUAGAGAAGAUAUAAAGAGGAAAAACAACCAAAUUGUACUGCUGAGCACUGCAGCUAAUGUUUACCAAACAGAAACCGGAAAUGCAAACCGGAACCUGGAUCAACUCAAGACAGAGUUAAAUAUGACGAAGUUGAAGAUGGUGGAGCUCCAAAAACGUGAUAUGAAAAAUAAGGAAACUAUCGGAAAAUUAAAAAAACAAAAGUCUGUUGAAGACAUCUCUACAAAUCCAGGGCUGAUUUCCAAACCAAAUACACCUUCAAUCAGGGCAAAAUCUGCCGGAGCGAGAUUAGUGCAAACACCACAGAGAAGGAGAGGUAGUGGCAGACAGGGCUUUACAGGCGGGGGCUUUCCACUCUCUACAACUAUUAUAAAAUUGGAUUAAAAACUAUCUAUACGUAGGGUUUCCACAAAUUUGAAAGGAAGCAAAACGAUGCGGAAAUUUGUGCAAUGAAAAACAAAAUAUGCAACAACUUUGCAAAAAAAUAAUUUAUCUGUUUCGCGAAAUUUUAGCGAAACAAAAAAUGCAAAAUUUUUGGCGAAUAACAAAAAUGCAAAAUUUUCACGAAAACAUUUACUCAUUUCGCCGGAAACCCUACUUUUAGGGAUGGGCGUUCCCGAUUCACAACUGUAAUUUUUUACCUUAGGCUCAUUUUUUUUACAGAAACGCUUGUAACUGUUUGUUUGCAAACUGUUUCAUAUUUAAAGGGACUGUAAAGGAAAAAUGAAAGGUGUAUAGGCUGAAAGCUGAU